AUGCCUGCGACGAAGGAUCACUCUUCCAAGUACUCGUACAGUCGAUCCAUUUCACACAGUGGAAUGUCCAUGUCAGCGAAGGUCUACCACCCGGCCACCAACUUGCUACCACCGUCACCACCUCAGUCACCAACCGGAGUAGCGCCGGCCUUCGGCUCCAGCACCAGAUCAACCAACACAUGGACCAGGCAAAACAGUCAAAGCAACGGAAAAUAUUCGUGA